GUUUACAGGAGGCAGCUGAUACUAAAGCAGAAAAUGUAACAUCUUGAAGCCCUCUUUCAUGAAAACAGUCCUCACUGAGCCCUUGCUGCCUCUGAGUCCAGCUCCAGUUCUUUCAUGGUUGGAACUGUCCGGCUCAUGAUCACUGGUGCCAUGGGAGCGGUGCGGGUCAACAGAUACAGCAUUGUAGCCACAGAUGAAGACGCUGUACAGAUUUCGACCCUGGGGCUUUACAAUGGCCACAGUCCUGUGACUCAGCACACACUGACAGAGGGCUGUGUGGCUGCUGUGGAUGGGGAGGAUGGAGGCGACUGUUCAGACACUGAAGAGCCCCGUGGCGCUCUGUCUCUUAGGGUACCAAAUGAGCCAGUGUCCCACAGCUGUCGGGGCUCCCCCUCAUGUCGCCUGGGCCUGGAUCUCAGCACCGGACGCCUCCGCAGCAGAUUUGUGAAGAAAAAUGGACAGUGCAACGUGGUGUUUAACAACAUGGAAGACAAGCCCAGACGAUACUUGGCAGACAUUUUCACCACAUGUGUGGACAUACGCUGGCGAUACCUGCUGCUCAUCUUCACCACCACCUUCCUCUUGUCAUGGCUGCUGUUCGGGCUGGUCUUCUGGGGUGUGUCCUUGGCUCAUGGGGACUUUGACCUUCACCUCCCACUGAAGGACGGGGACAGUUCGGAGCAGGUGCAGCAAGAGUGGAGGCCAUGUAUCCUCCACAUACAGGGCUUUGUUGGGGCUUUCCUUUUCUCCAUUGAGACCCAGACCACUAUUGGCUACGGUUUCCGCUGUGUGACUGAGGAGUGCCCCAUCGCUGUAGUGACUGUUGUAAUUCAGUCCAUUAUAGGCUGUAUUAUAGACUCCUUUAUGAUAGGCACCAUCAUGGCCAAAAUGGUGCGGCCUAAGAAGCGAGCACAGACCUUGCUAUUCUCACAUCAUGCUGUGAUUGCUCUGAGGGAUGGUAAAUUCUGCCUCAUGUGGCGUUUGGGAAACAUGAGAAAGAGCCACAUCGUGGAGGCUCAUGUCCGAGCACAGCUCAUCAGGCCCCACGUCACCGCAGAGGGGGAGUACCUCCCACUGGAGCAAACAGACAUUGAUGUAGGAUAUGAUGAAGGGCUUGAUCGAUUGUUUCUAGUUUCACCUCUGGUGGUGGUCCAUGAAAUCAACAAGAGUAGUCCUUUGUACAAUUUUAGCUGUUCUGAUCUGCAGAAGCAGGACUUUGAGAUUGUGGUCAUUCUGGAGGGCAUGGUGGAGGCCACAGCUAUGACCACUCAAGCCCGAAGCUCCUAUUUGGCCAAAGAGAUCCUGUGGGGUCAUCGAUUUGAGCCUGUGGUCUUUGAGAAAGGUGACCGCUAUCACGUGGACUACUCUCGCUUUCACAAGACGUAUGAAGUGCCCUCUACGCCCCAAUGCAGUGCUAGGGAGCUGAGCCGGAGAAGAGGCCGGGCCAGCCAGUCUUCCUCCUCCUCUUCCAGCUGCUCACACACACAUUCACCUUUUGCCCCAAAGGCAGCGCGCCGCCUGCUGGGCACGCACUCCCCCAGCGCCUUCUGCUAUGAGAACGAGGUGGCUCUGUGCUCUGGGGACGAUGACGAGGAUCCAGAUGUAAAAGAGAGAGGAAUCCUGAGAGACAAGCUCCGGCCGGUCUGUAAGGAUACAGUACUGCAGCAGCAGACAGUGGAGAUGCUGUGCAUGCUGGACUCAGAUAAUCAGAUGAGUAUCGGCCGACUGCAGCCCACUCUGCCUUUAUACAUUAGCAGAGAGUCUGGAGUUUAA